AGUGAUUGAUGAGUUGCUUUGGUGCUGCAGCUUUUGUACUUUGCAUGAUUUAGAGCUACAAUGAUUCAGUACUCUGUAAUUUUAGCUGAAAAAAACUUUAAAAAGAGGAAGUGUUCCGGGAAGGACUAGUAGUGUGCAGUCUUCUGUGAACCGCACUAUUAAGUUCAGUUUUCUGUCAUCUGUUCUAUCACUCAUAAAUGAUACAGAGCAGCCUUAAUGUCAGCCAUGGGGAGCAAACAACAGAGAAACCUUCACUAUUUGGCCAUGGUCUAUUUUCUCUUGAGUUCAACUUCACCUGCUGCAGAUGGUCAGAUCAGAUUAACUGGGUCUGGGACAACUCAGUGCUCUGGAAGAGUUGAAAUCUAUUACAACAACAUCUGGGGAACAGUCUGUGAUGAUGAUUGGGACUUAAACGAUGCUGAGGUGGUUUGCAGACAGUUGGGCUGUGGUACGGCACUGAGUGCCCCUCAUUCAGCACGCUUUGGUCAAGGAACUGGACAAAUCUGGCUUGAUGAUGUGGCCUGUUCAGGAAGUGAGAGGUCUGUAACUCUGUGUCAGCACAGUGGAUUUGGGACACAUGACUGUGGACAUGGGGAGGAUGCAGGUGUUGUAUGUUUAGGUUUCAGAUUGGCUGGGUCUACUCUGUGCUCUGGGCACAUCUGGGGAAAAGUCUGUGAUUGGGCCGCGGCCCACUUAAAUGUACUUCGCCAUUUGAGGUCCCACUCUUGACUUAAAUGGGAAAAAACUGCACACCAUAUGCAGGGAGACAAGCAUAUAAUCAGGUUGUAUUGAAAGUGUUCAGCUUGUGUUGCACCCUUUCAUGUGAGACUGCUUUCACAGCUUAAACUCUGGUAGUAAGCUGUGAAAGCUGGUAGUAAUGCACACUCUGGUAGUAAUGCACAGAAUGAUUGUUCAUAUAUUGUUUUAGUCUUGUUUGUCCGUAUUUAAUGUUUUAUUUGUUUGUAUCUGUCUAGUCCAUGAUAAUGUCCUGUAUAAAUGUUUUUGUCCCCAUGUGCCGAAAUUGUGUUCAAUGUUCUAUGUUGCUGCAGAACAGGAACCUGCUGGAAACCAGUUUUUAAACUCAGUCAGGCCCAUUUAUAUUGUAACUUAAUUGUUGCUUUGAAAUUUUCCUGUAUAAUAAAUGGAAUGAAUGAAUGAAUGAAGUCUUUUUCAAGCAAUCAAAAAAAAACUGUAAACACCAUGAAGGCUUUUAAAUAUGUACUAUUUAUUGGAUGUUCCAUCAGUCAGAGUUCCCAUUAUACCUCCUCAUUAUAUUGUUGUUAUGUUUCAGCACUCCUCCAAAAGCCCAGCAUCUCCAUGAAUCCUGCUGCUGAGGUUACCUGGGGUCAGAACGUCGGCAUUACUUGUUCUGUCUCAACUCAAACUCAACAGAUUUUAAGACCAACAUUUAUUUUGAAAAAG